GUACAUCCCGAAGAAGAGGGUGAGCUGUCGGUGUAAACUCAGCUCUUCAGCUUCCCCCGCUCAACUCGGAGGGUGUGCUCAGCUAACGGCUAUCACCAAUGGCGUCCACGGAGAUAGCGAGGCAAGCGGGAGAAGGUGCCCGUGCCGUACCUCUCGCCGGUCAUGUUGGCUUCGACAGCAUGCCUGACCAGCUGGUCAACAAAUCUGUCAACCAUGGAUUUUGCUUCAACAUCCUCUGCGUCGGCGAGACAGGUCUGGGCAAGUCCACCCUGAUGGACACGCUGUUCAACACCAAGUUCGAGGGUGAGCCCACCCAGCACAGCCAGCCUGGGGUGACGCUCAAGUCCAACACCUACGAACUGCAGGAAAGCAAUGUGCGCCUCAAGCUCACCGUCGUCAACACUGUGGGCUUUGGAGACCAGAUCAACAAAGAAGACAGUUACAAGUCCAUUGUGGAAUUCAUCGACACCCAGUUCGAAGCAUAUCUCCAAGAGGAGUUGAAGAUCAAGCGCACACUACACAGCUACCACGACACGCGCAUCCAUGCAUGCCUCUACUUCAUUGCCCCCACGGGACACUCGCUCAAAUCCCUGGACCUGGUGACCAUGAAAAAGCUUGACAGCAAGGUUAAUAUCAUCCCAAUCGUUGCAAAGUCUGAUGCCAUCUCCAAGAGUGAGCUGGCCAAGUUCAAGAUUAAAAUCACCAGCGAGCUGGUGAGCAACGGCGUGCAGAUCUACCAGUUCCCCACCGAUGAUGAGUCAGUCGCCGAGAUCAACUCCACCAUGAAUAGCCAUUUGCCCUUUGCCGUCGUCGGCAGCACGGAGGAGGUGAAGAUCGGGAACAAGAUGGUGAAAGCUCGUCAGUAUCCUUGGGGCACGGUGCAGGUGGAGAACGAGAAUCACUGCGACUUUGUCAAACUACGAGAAAUGCUGAUCCGGGUGAACAUGGAGGACCUGCGGGAGCAGACACACACACGCCACUAUGAGCUGUACCGCCGCUGCAAGCUGGAGGAGAUGGGCUUCAAGGACACGGACCCUGACAGCAAGCCCUUCAGUCUGCAAGAGACAUACGAAGCAAAGAGGAAUGAGUUCAUGGGUGAGCUGCAGAAGAAGGAAGAAGAAAUGCGGCAAAUGUUCGUCCAGAGAGUGAAAGAGAAGGAGGCGGAGCUCAAAGAAGCAGAGAAAGAGUUGCACGAGAAGUUUGACCGCUUGAAGAAGCUGCACCAGGACGAGAAGAAGAAGCUGGAGGAUAAAAGGAAGUCCCUGGACGACGAGCUCAACACGUUCAAACAGAAAAAGACUGCCACUGAGCUCUUGCAGAAUCAAGCCCAGCAGGCAGGGGGCUCCACCACGCUCAAGCGGGACAAAGAGAAGAAGAAUUAACUGCUCCUACACUUGAUGCAUGCUGCUUGAGGCACCCUGUUCUGAGAAGGAUUCCUGUAGAACAGUGCACUCUUGUGGCCACCCUGCUGUGAAUGAUCGUCCUUUACAAUGAACCCCUACCCAGUUCCCAACAACCCCCCAAAAUGCCUCCAGUCCUGGGCAUUGCUCAGUUGGACUCCUUUUUAAACACACCACUCUGAUAAUGUUUAUUUUUUUACACAAAAUACAUUCCACGCUUGUUUAUUUUUCUCUGUAGUGACUCUCUUGCAUGGUGUAAUUGUGCUUUUUAUUUUCCAUAUUAACACACAAAAUGACUGUUGUUUGUGAUGGGCAGAAAUGUACCAAGGCUCAAGCGAAACUUACCUCAAAUGUGGCCUGAAAAGGACAAAGAUAGUUAAAGCUUCAUAUUUAAACAAGAGUUCGGAAAUUAGUGACUUGUGGAUUUUUUUUUUUUUAGGUAGGGGGACAGUGAGCACAUGCCUAGCGUGCUAGUAGUUGAAAGCUGCCAUCGCAAUUAUAAUUAAUGUACAUGGUAGGAAAAAAACAAUAAAAAGGCUGUAAUUGCUUAUAUAUGUUAAUAUUGGGGUCACACUGAAAAGGAACAAAACAAAAACGUAAAGUCAUAGUUCUACAAGAAUAACGAAGCAAUUUUACAAGAAUACAAUUAGUAAAUAAAGCAGUAGGGUUUGUAUGUAGCUUUUUUCAUGGUAAUACAGUAUUAAAGCUUACAUUUUCUCAUAUUAAAUUUUGCUUCGGAAACUACAACUUUUUGCCCUGUAACUUUUUUUUCUUGUUUCAAUACAACUUUAUUCUUGUGAAACUGAUGUUUUUUCUUGUUAAUAUUACAUUUUUUUCCUCUCGUAGUAUUGCUACUUUACCCCCUCGGUAAUUAUGAAUUUAUUCUCACAAAAUGUUGAGGCUGAAAAAUUUUAUUAUCAUAUUUCAGUUUUAUUUUUGAAAAGAGCGAUGUUCAAAUCCCGGCGCGCCUGUGUGGAGUUUGCAUGUUCUCCCCGUGCCUGCGUGGGUUUACUCCGGUUUCCUCCCACAUCCCAAAAACAUGCAUGCUAGGUUAAUUGAAGACUCUAAAUUGCCUGUAGGUGUGAAUGUGAGUGUGAAUGGUUGUUUGUUUAUAUGUGCCCUGAGAGCUGGCGACCAGCUCAGGGUGUAUCCCGCCUGUCGCCCGAAGAUAGCUGGGAUAGGCUCCAGCACGCCUGUGACCCUAGUGAGGUUAAGCGGUACAGAAAAUAAAAAUGGACAACUUUUGCUUAGAAUAUUACAACUACUUUUUGUUGAAUUAAGACUUCAUUCUCUCGAAAUUCCACCUUUUUUCUCAAAGUAUUAUAUAGCUUUUUUCACAAAAUUUGUGACUGUUUUUUAGUAUGUGCCCUGCGAUUGGGGGGGGGGGGGGGGCGACCAGUUCAGGGUGUACCCCGCCUCUUGCCCAAAGUCAGCUGGGAUAUGCUCCAGCUCACCCUGUGACCUUAGUGAGGGUAGGCGCAGUAUAGACGAUGGAAGGAAUUUCAGCUUUAUUUUUUCUGCCUUUCUGUGUGGCCCUAAUUACAAUUUAUAUUGACUGGCAAAAUAAUGACGUGAUUAAGCAGCUUCCUUCUGCUUUAUGUUUGUCAUGGUCUGUACAGCUGUUCAUUUUACAGUGGUAGUUCACUCUAGUCUCACCAAACACCUAAGGCCUUCCUUUGGAGAAAGUAAAAAUGUAUUGUACAAAGCCUGCCCUGUCCUAAAAAACAACUAGCCAGGUGAGCUAUUGGAUCUUCUCAACCUACUAUUGUGUUAUGCUGCCUUAGCAUCAUCCUGAGUCCAGUGCCAAAAUGUGCCAAUAAAGACUGUAAUCAUGAUCUCAGACAUGUACACAAUAAGUGUUUCGCCCUGCUUUAUCGCUUUGCCACUUCUCCCAUACCUCAUCGUUUUUAAGCAUAUUUUUGUAUUAGCGGUCACAUUUGCACUUUUUUUUUUUCAAUACACAAAUGUGAUGAAAUGUAUGUAUGUAUGUAUGUAUGUAUGUUGUCAGUCCAAUUGUUUUGUUUUUCUGUGUGUUUUUAUAAUGGCACAUUUUUAGUCAUUGGUAGUUAUUUUUUUUAAAGCUAUUAAUGUACAGAGGAAAUAAAGGCAGUUCUCACCAACA